AGAGAGAGAGAGAGAGAGAGAGAGAGUGUGUUAUUUGAGGUUCUCUCUCCAAUUACUGGUCUGCCCUACUCUGCGUCUAAAAUCCAUUAAAUGAACAUCUUUCACAGGAGAGAGAAAGAAGAGAGAGUCGAUAGAUAGAGGAGGGUGAGAAAGUAGAGAGAGAGAGAGAGAGGGGAAGGGCGAGCAUGGCGACGAACGGGUGCUGCCCUCCUAUGGAUCUGUUCAGGUCAGAGCCCAUGCAACUGGUUCAGCUCAUUAUCCCCAUGGAGUCGGCCCAUCAAACCGUCUCAUACCUCGGUGAAACUGGCCUCUUUCAAUUCAAAGAUCUGAACGCAGAGAAGAGUCCUUUCCAGCGUACAUAUGCCAACCAGAUAAAACGGUGUGGUGAAAUGGCACGCAAAUUACGUUUUUUUAAAGAGCAAAUGAGUAAAGCUGGAAUAUCACCGUCAACAAGGUCUGCUUCAUCUCCUGAUAUUGACCUAGAUGAUUUGGAGAUAAAACUUGGAGAGCUUGAAGCUGAGCUUAUAGAAGUCAACUCAAACAAUGAAAAGCUGCAGCGUACAUAUAACGAGCUUAUGGAAUAUAAGCUUGUUCUUGAAAAGGCUGGUGAGUUCUUUUACUCCGCCCGAAGGGAUGCAACUGCUCAACAGAGGGAAAUCGAAGAAUCCCUGCAAGUUGGUGAAGGAUCUAUUGAUAGUCCUUUGUUACUUGAACAAGAAAUGCUGACGGAUCCUUCAAAACAAGUCAAACUGGGUUUUGUCAGUGGCCUUGUACCCAAAGCAAAAUCCAUGGCAUUUGAAAGGAUUCUGUUUCGUGCGACACGGGGUAACAUGUAUCUUAAACAAUCUGUGGUUGAAGGUCCUGUUACUGAUCCCGUAUCCGGGGAGAAGGUUGAGAAAAAUGUGUUUGUUGUUUUCUAUUCUGGGGAAAGAGCGAAGAUGAAAAUUCUAAAGAUAUGUGAAGCUUUUGGUGCAAACCGUUAUCCAUUCCCAGAGGACUUUGGUAAACAAAGGCAGAUGAUUGGGGAGGUUUCUGGAAAAACAAUGGACCUCAAAACUACCAUUGAUAUUGGGUUGCGGCACCGGAACAAUGUGUUGGAGAUCAUUAGCUAUCAAUUUGAGCAGUGGAACAUUUUGGUGAGAAAGGAGAAAGCUGUUUUUCACACGCUGAACAUGCUCAGCAUGGAUGUCACAAAGAAGUGUCUUGUUGCAGAGGGUUGGAGUCCUGUAUUUGCAAAGUCUCAAAUUCAAGGUACACUGCAGCGUGCAACCCGUGAUAGUAAUUCACAGGUUGGAGCUAUAUUCCAAGUAUUGCGUACAAAAGAAUCUCCGCCAACAUAUUUUAGAGCCAACAAAUUUACUUCUGCUUUUCAAGAAAUUGUUGAUGCUUAUGGUGUUGCUCGGUAUCAAGAAGCAAACCCUGGCGUGUACACAAUUGUUACUUUCCCUUUUCUCUUCGCAGUCAUGUUUGGGGACUGGGGUCAUGGUAUCUGCUUACUACUUGCAGCAUUAAUUCUCGUAUUCAAAGAAAAGAAACUUUCAAGUCAGAAACUCGGAGACAUAUUGGAAAUGACAUUUGGUGGGCGCUACGUCAUCCUGAUGAUGUCAUUGUUCUCUAUUUACACUGGGUUGAUUUACAAUGAGUUCUUCUCAGUCCCUUUCAGUCUCUUUGGACGGUCUGCAUAUGAAUGCCGGGAACCUUCGUGCAGUGAUGCUUAUACGGGAGGGUUAAUCAAAGUCCGUGAUGCUUAUCCAUUUGGGGUGGAUCCUACGUGGCAUGGCAGUCGAACUGAACUACCUUUUCUGAACUCCUUGAAGAUGAAGAUGUCAAUACUUCUUGGUGUGGCCCAAAUGAAUCUCGGGAUUGUGUUGAGUUACUUCAAUGCGAGAUUCUUUGGAAACUAUGUCAAUGUAUGGUACCAGUUUGUCCCACAGAUGAUAUUCUUGAACAGUCUAUUUGGUUAUCUCUCUGUAUUGGUCAUUGUGAAGUGGUGCACGGGUUCAACAGCUGAUCUUUAUCACAUAAUGAUAUACAUGUUUUUAAGCCCAACUGAUGAUCUUGGUGAAAACCAACUGUUCUUUGGCCAGAAAACUCUUCAGCUUGUGUUGCUAUUGCUGGCUCUAGUUUCUGUCCCAUGGAUGCUGUUCCCAAAGCCAUUUAUCCUGAAGAAGCAGUAUGAUGAUAGGCACCGAGGUCACUCGUAUGAUGUGAUUCCCACAACCGACCCUGAUUCCUUUGAAAUGGAGGCAGGUCAUGAUUCUCACGGUCAUGAGGAGUUCGAGUUUAGUGAAGUAUUUGUGCACCAACUAAUUCAUACCAUUGAGUUUGUUCUCGGGGCAGUCUCCAAUACUGCUUCAUAUCUUCGACUUUGGGCUCUCAGUCUCGCCCACUCAGAGCUUUCAUCUGUGUUCUAUGAAAAGGUUCUUAUUCUUGCUUGGGGGUACAACAACAUUUUCAUACUUAUCAUUGGAUUCAUUGUGUUUGCUUUUGCAACCAUUGGGGUGCUUCUUAUCAUGGAAACUCUCAGUGCAUUCCUACAUGCACUCCGGCUUCAUUGGGUGGAGUUUCAGAACAAAUUUUACGAAGGUGAUGGGUACAAAUUUUUGCCAUUUGCGUUCUCUUUGCUUGGUGAAGAAGACGAUUGAUGCCCUCUGUCCAUACCCUGUGAUGCUUUGAGGAUGGCUUUGUAUGUUGUUGUUGUUGGGUAUGUUUAUGAAGAGAUGAGGUGGUGAGCUAUUUAACUUGUUCAGCGUGCAACUUCACAUUUGCUCUCAUCUCUUCAUUUUUCCCAUUCUUGUGAUAAAAAUAACCUUGAGGAAUAAAUCAUGCAAUUCUGCGCCGUGUGACGUUAUUAGUUGAUUAUUUGCCGCUGUAAUAAUAGCAACCAUGGAAUUUCAAGGGAUCGUCAUGAUCUCCUA